ACUACUCCCAGGCAUUUGUGCAUAGAAUUGCUGGGUGCUUAGUCAAAUGCAGAAUGGAGAAGGAGUUACGCCUUGCAGCUGUGGAAGAUGCAGUGCAGUACCAGCUAUUUCUGCUGACACCCAAACAAGAAGCAUCUGAGUAUCAACAGGAAAUUCUUCAGUCAUAUAUUGAGAAGAUAUUAGCACACUUUGCACCCCUCCUGGUUUCCUAUAUAUGGCAAAACCAGCCAUUUAAUCUUAAGUAUAAGCCAGCCAAAGGUGAUAUUCCUGCUCAUAUUGGCGGUCUCACAAAAUUCGGGGAUAACAUUGAAGAUGAGUGGUUCAUUGUGUAUCUUCUAAGAGAAAUUACAAAGGAAUUUCCAGAGUUGGUAGCCAGGGUGGAUGAUAAUGAUGGUGAAUUCCUGCUGAUAGAAGCAGCUGACUACCUUCUUAAGUGGCUGAACCCUGAGAAUAGCAUCAAUCGGGUGUUCUUGCACCAUGGCGAAAUGUGUGUAAUUCCACUAACAAACUUUCCUGAAAAGGAGACUUUACUACCUGCUACCAAUCUUACAAUUCUUCAGGCGCUGAAGCUACUAUCUACCCAUUCUGGGGACUUUGUAGCUGCAAAAUCUAUUAGAGCAGCAGUAUAUAAACGCAUCAGUGGGUAUCCUGAGAAAAUCCAAACUUGCCUUCACCAGGCUCACUGUUACCUUCCAGCAGGCGCUGCAGCAGUACUGAAGCAACGUCCUGGAUUAGUGUCUGCAGCCGUCCAAGCUUUUUACCUGCGAGACCCCAUUGACUUAAAAGCAUGCCGCAUUUUCAAAGUGUUCCUUCCUGAAACACGCAUAAUGACUUCAGUCACUUUUACGAAGUGUCUAUAUGCGCAGAUGGUUCAGCAGUCUUUUGUGCCAGACAGACGGAGUGGGUACUCAUUGCCUUCUCGUUCACAUCCUGACUACAAAGCGUAUGAGCUGGGCAUGAAGUUGGCACAUGGUUUUGAAAUCCUGUGCUCAAAGUGUAGUUCAGUGUUUUAUGAUUCUAGCAAACGUGUGUCAAGUGGUCCAUUGUGGGACAACUUUCUGAACAGUCUGAAGAAAAAUAAUUAUUUUAAGAAUGAGCUGGAAGGCUCUGCUCCAUAUCUGGAAAAACUGCAUAUGGCUGAAGUUUAUUUUCAGCAGACUAUAAUCAAUCCUCAAAGUUCUGUUGUCAGAAGCCCAGGUGAAGAAAUUCUCUCUAUAUUAAAAGCAACUAAUUUGGAGGAUUUUGGAAAAGAAGCAUGCAGUCUUCCACCAGAAGAUGAUGACGAUUGGCUGGAGAUCACUCCAGAUGCUCUGGAACAGAUCCUUAAAGAGGCUCAAGGAAGAAGUGAGUCUGUUUCUACCUCCAAUGAGGAGGAACAGAUCUGCGACUUAACAGAAGUAACUCAAAGCAUGAAGGCAUUCAUGUCUAAAGUAUCAACACACGAAGGAGCAGAAAUGCCAUGGACAUCUUCAGAGGCUCCUGUCAGUUUUGAUGUUGACUCAUUCACAGAUGCACUAGACAGAAUUUUAGGAACAACUUCAGAAGAGCUGGACUCAGAUGAUUUGGAAGAGGAAGAAGAGUUUGAAUUCCUGGACAGAGAUGAAGACCUAAAAACCGAUAACCAAGGGGAAACACCAUCUCAGGAUGACACAGUGGGAAGCCUCAAAUCAUAUAUGGAUGAAAUGGACAGUGAACUUGCAUCAACCAAUAUUGGGAAAAGCUUCACCACCCAGCCAAGAAUGGUUGAGGCUGAUGAAGGAUGUUCAUCCCAAAACACUGACAGUGAUUUGAAAGAUGAUUCUGGCACAGGAGCAGCUGACUUGACACCUGUGGAUAUAGAUCUCAACCUUGUGGCUAAUUUGCUGGAAUCCUACGCCGCUCAAGCUGGACUAGCGGGACCAGUCUCCAAUAUUCUACAGAGCAUGGGGGUACAUUUGCCUGAAAAUACAGACCACAAGCCUCACUAGUAGUUUGAGGAAACAGUAAUCUGGAUUCAUAAUUUAGGAUUAUGCUGUUUGACAACAGCAGUGCCCCAAGAAACAGUUUUUUUAAAUGAGGAUCAAAUGUUUCAAAUUGAAGCUCAAGCACUCCAAUUUGCAAGCAGGGAGCUUGAGGUGGCCGAACUGCAGCUCGAGAGCCACAUGUUUCACACAUAUUAUGCAGCUCCUGGAGGUCAAGGAAGAACUUAAUGCAGGCUUACUGUCAAGUGUGCUUAGCAUCGGGACCUCAAUCAGCCUCUGAGUGCUGACCCAUAGGUAGGCAACUAUUUCUGCUGUGUAUGAUGCGGUGUGGGGGGAAUAGAGAGGCUUGCAAGCUCUUCUCCAACACAGAGAUCACCCAGAGACCAAGAACAGGGAAAUAGCACACAAGAGCUGAGAGCGCCACUGGAAGGAGGGAUGACAUUAAAGGGGGUGGUGCAGGUUCCCUCUUAGUUUCAUACGCUCUUGUAGGAGCUGUAUUUACUAACCUUGGCGUCAAGGCAGAGCGAUGCAUAAUUAUGUAAACAAUGGUCAGUGAUUUAUAUGGUACCAACUGGUGCCAAAAAAUAAUUUCCUGACCUUUCCCUAUGCUUGUCUUCUGAGGACUGUUAUUCCCAGGUUUUGGGGGUUUUUUUAAGUCUAGCAAGGUUGUGUUGUAAAGUGCAUACAUAUGUAUGUUUCUGUGCAAAGAAAGUAUUAAGAGUUUUAAUAAAGGUGUGUACAAUA